CUAACCCUUACUUACUCAACUAUUCACUAUCUUCUUGUCUUUAACGCUUUGCCUGUUUUUGCACUCAAUUACCCCCAACCCACCAUCAUUCUUGUCCCAACAAGAUAUAUUAUACUUUGUCUCAUCAUCUUCCAUUUGUCAAACCAUUUGGUAUUCUUAUUUUUAUUCACUUUCUCUGACCUCUGUUCUUUUUCUCUGUUCUUUUCAGUUGAGAUUUUUUUCCUUAUUCUGAUGCAAGAUUUUGUAGACAAAGUGGCUUAUACUUGGGUUUGAUCUAUCAUACACUCCUUGAUUUUCUGGCUUCAAAACUUUCAAACAAUGGAGAAAAAACAGCUUAAUUUUAGUGCCCCAUUAAUGUCUGCAAGGAGAUAUUCAUCACCAUUACGUUCUUCGGGUGAAGACAACAAAAGGGAUUCUCCUCCCAAUCAUCCAAACUCGAUUUGUACUCAACGAUCAGAUGUAAACUUGGGAGAGGUAGUGAAACCAGGUUCUGUUCCUUUCAUUUGGGAACAAAUUCCUGGGAAGGCAAAAGGAGGAAAUGAAUCUAAGGUACAUAGCCCUCAAGAGGUUCCUACAACUCCUAGGGUUCCUCCUACAAUGCCAUUUCCUCCCGGUAAAAAAUCAGUUGACUUGAACGGAUUCAGAACACCCAAUAUGUUAUCCGGGGAGUUGGUAAUUCUUAGACCUCGAAACAAGUUUUCGGGGGAGCUUAACACCCUUCGACCUAACAAACUUUCGGGGGAGUUUAAGACAUUAAGUGCAAAAUUCCCCUCGUCGAUUAGUGGGGUGGCUAGAUGGGAAAGUUCGAAAGAAGGGACUGAAAUAAACGAAGAAAGCUCUGAGUCAGAAAAUGAUGAUGCUACGUUCUCUGAUGCAAUCGAGACGUUUUCUCAGCACGAGUCCUUUUCGAUUAACUGUAGUGUUAGUGGUUUGAGUGCAUCAGAACGUCCUGAGACCAAACGUCCUGAUAACCCUCCUACUGAUCCAAAAGCUCGCGAUUUUAUGAUGAACCGAUUCUUAUCUGCAGCUAAGGCAAUGACCCUCGAGCCAUCUCAGUACGCGACUAGGAAGCAACUUGUUGCUGUUGAGCAAGCUAAAGAGGUAAAAGCAUUGGUUCCUAGAGCUAUGACACCUCCACCUAAUGGAAAUGUGUACAACAUUGUACCUUAUACCGGUCAGGAUAUCGGGUCAGAAGACGAAAGUGAUGAUGAAGAAGAUAGCUACGAUGGGAGGAGUGCUCUAUCUGUAAAAGUAAAAGCUUGUAGAUUCCUUCCAUGGUUUUGCUCGAAGAACUCCUUGCGUCUUGUUAAUCCACUACCAUCCAUGAAGGAUAGAUCGAAAAGUGCUCUUUCUUCUGCUAGUAAACUAAGCAAAUUGGUUAAAAGCAAAUCUUGGAGAUCUCCUAGUCAUAAGAUGGUUAAGGAUCCAUAUAGUAACCCAAAGCAGAAGGUCAGUCAAGUGCACAAAAGUUGUGAGCUGCAGAAGCCUCCAACGUAUACCAGGCCUAUGUUCUACUCAGGGGAGUUGCAGACUAGAAGCGGCUCUCCCUACCGAACUUCUAGAAGGAGCAUUGCCUCUCCUUUUCAGAACGAAUCACCUCAUAAUCUCUACCAAAAGGGUGUCGGGUUUCUGGCUGUUCCAAGACGGGUUGAUUCCUUUGAGGAUACUCGAUCAGAGAAUCCUCAAAAGGGUUCAAAAAGAUUUGAGGAACAUAGUCGGAAGACAAGGAAUCCGUGCACAAGAACCCCGGCACAGAAAAAACAUGUAGAGUCCGUAAAUAUCACUAAAGUCUCUUAUUCAAUUUUGAACUUACCGAAGAACAAGAGGCAGACAGUCGAUAAAUCCAUCGAAGAGGCGGUAAAACUAGAGUAUGGAGGGCGGUUGGCGCUUAUGAAGGCGAGAGCCAUGACUGAAUCGGAGAAACAAAACACAAACAGCUGCAGGGAGCUUGUUCUGGUGUCUGCAGAUGACACUAGCAUUGUGCAGUCAUCUCUUACACCCCCAUUACCGAAAUCACCAUCAGAAUCUUGGCUUUCUCGUCAACUGCCUUCAGCUUCACCUCGAGUUUCACCUAGGAACUCGGUUUCUUACUCUAGUCUUAACUCUAAGCUUUUAUCUAGGAACCAAAACGUCAAACCGCCAACUUCUGGUGCGAAAUGGGAAACGAUUGUUAAGAGUUCUCAUUUGCGCAAAGAUUAUGGGCGUUACUCGGAGGAACUGGUAACUCGCGUUUCUCAGCAACCUCGGAUAUGGAAGUGAAGUCCCUAAAGUUUCGGAACAUAUAUACAUUGGUAACUGAAGAUUCAUGUUUUUUCCUCAACAAUCUUCGGUUUUUUUCAUUGUUUUUGGAGGCUGGUUAAUUUAUCAUUUUUUGCCGCCCUGGAGUUUUGUUGUUUGGUUUAACCUUUAGAACUAAGGAGGUUGUGAUUUGUGAACUUGUGAUCAUCAUUCACUUAACGGCGGCUCGUUUGAUAGUCGGUGGUUAUAGUAAUGAAAAGUUAGUGUAAUAAACUUAGUGUUUAGUUCCAACAAGUGGAUUUGUUGUGAACCAAUUAUAAUCAAUGUUUUGGGAAUGCAGCUUUUGUAGUGAUAUAUAAGCUCAAGCUGUGAUGGGAUUAACUUUUUUUUGUUAUAAUAAGCAUGGUUUUUGUUUUUAUUUUUAAUGUUGAGAUUAAUUUAAAAUCGUCGUUUUGAAUUUGUUUUAGAAAUAGUCUUUUGUUUCUAGUAGUAGGGAUGGACAAGGAAUUAAGAUCCUAUUUGGGCCCGAAUGGUUUCUACUUUAUUUUGAGUGUUUUUCACAUCUUAAGAGUUCAAGUUCGGGUCUACAAAAAAUAAGAGUUCAAAUUUUAAAUUCUUA